AUGUCAACCAAACGAACCAUUUUAUUCAGAUUAUCAAAUCUUGGAGAACCUGUUAACAAUGAAAACAUCAGCAAUGGUAUAUUCACUUUACCUCCAGUUGAAUUACCUAAAAGUUAUAAACCAGGUGAUGUAAUUUUUGAAAUUCAUUUCCAAUUAAAUGCUGCCAGUAAAGUAACUAAAAAUGGUACAUUCUUUACCAAUAUUCCCACCAAUUAUAAACAAGAUUUUGAUAGACAUAAACAUGCUUCAUUCCCAAUCCAUUCUUCAUUUCAUCAAGAUAUUACAAUUGUAGUUCCAAUUUAUAAACCAGGUGCUUAUAAUUAUUACAUUACUUAUGAUGAUGAAAAUGACUCAAGAAUAACAACUGAUAAAUAUUAUUUCAAUGUUUUACCAAAUUUAACUAUUGAUGGUCAAUAUGUUGCAUUCAAUUCGAUUAAUGUUCAAACUGUUAUAUCUAAAUGGAUUGGUCCUUUACUGAAUUGGGAUAAAUUCUUUGGAAUUGUUGCUGGGAAAGGUUAUAAUAUGAUUCAUUUUACUCCUUUACAAGAAAGAGGUGAAUCUGAUUCCCCUUAUUCAAUCUAUGAUCAAUUGAAAUAUGAUCAUCAUAUUUUUAAAGAUAAUAAAACUGCUCCUGCUGAAAUUCAAAAAGUUUUACAUAAACAUAAAUUAUUAUCUUUAACUGAUGUAGUUUGGAAUCAUACUGCCAAUAAUUCCGAUUGGUUAAGAGAAUAUCCUGAUGCAGGAUAUAAUGCAACCACUGCUCCACAUUUAACUCCUGCUAUUGAAUUAGAUGCAGCAUUGUUGGAAUUUUCUCUGAAAUUGGAAGAAUUUGAUUUACCGGUUGAUAUUAAAGAUGAAAAAGAUUUGAAAAAGAUUAUUGAAGGUAUUCAACAUCAUGUUUUAGAUAAAUUGAAAUUAUGGGAAUUUUAUGUCUUUUCUAGAAAACUGACAUUAUUCAAAAUGGAACAAUUAUUCCAAAAGAGAAAACAAGAAAUUACUCCAAUUAAGAUUCCAAAAGAAGUUGACAUUGAUAAUUUAAAACAAUUAUCUGCCUUCAUUCUCAAAACAACAAGAAUUCAUGAUAAACAUAUCAUUAGUGAAAGAUUUGGGAAUAAAUUAGAUAUCAAGAAAUUCUUGGGAAUUUUAUUCUCCGUUUUUCAUAUCAAUAUUGAUUUCGAUACAAUUGCAACCAAAGCUGGAGAUAUCAUAGAUAAAAUAAAUGCAGAAUUUUAUGCGAUGUAUGAUGAUGAUAUCAAAUCAAUCAAAACCCAAAUCUCAGAUAGAAUCAAAUAUAUGAGAUUAUCCCCCACCGGACCUAAGCUCGGCCCCGUUACUUCCAAAAACCCCUUAACCGAAAAUUAUUUCACCACAUUUGUUGACAACAAGGGCAAUAGACAAGCACUUGCUAAUAAUGGAUGGAUUUGGGGUGGGAAUCCAUUAGUUGAUUUCGCCUCCGAUCAAUCCCGGGCAUAUUUACGUCGAGAAGUUAUUGUUUGGGGUGAUUGUGUUAAAUUGAGAUAUGGAGAUAAAUAUGAGGAUUCACCAUAUUUAUGGGACAGGAUGAUUCAAUAUACGCAAGAAUCUGCCAAGACAUAUAAUGGAUUCAGGAUUGAUAAUUGUCAUUCUACCCCUUUGCAUGUUGGUGAACGAUUAUUGGAUGAGGCAAGAAAUGUAAAUCCUAAUUUAUAUGUCAUUGCUGAAUUAUUUUCCGGUAGUGAAGAAAUGGAUAAGAUAUUUGUGGAACGUUUAGGGAUUAAUACUUUGAUUAGAGAAGCUAUGCAACCUUGGGAUGUGAAGGAAUUGUCGAGAUUGGUUCAUAAACAUGGUGGAAGACCUAUUGGAUCAUUAACUUGGUUACCUUUGGAUGAUUUCACCUAUCCGGCUGAAAAUGAACCCAUUAAGAAUAAAUAUCUCGAUGCAUAUACUGAAUUGGAGAUCCCGACUGUUUUGACAUCACAUCCUCCUCAUGCUUUGUUUAUGGAUUGUACUCAUGAUAAUGAAACUCCAUACCAAAAGAGAACGGUGGAAGAUACGUUACCUAAUGCAGCUUUGGUGGCAUUUUGUUCUUCGGCAAUUGGAUCGGUUUAUGGAUAUGAUGAAUGUUAUCCUCAUAUUUUGAAUGUUGUUCAUGAACAUAGACAAUAUGAUUUAAAUAAUGAUAAUGGAAUUGGGAAAGUUAAGGCGAAAUUACAUAAGAUUAGAAAAGAUCUUGCAUUGGAAAGUGAAGAUAUUUCUCGUGAUCAUGAAAUGUAUAUUCAUCAUGAAGGUCAAUAUAUUACUAUUCAAAGAUAUAAUGCCCGUACUGGGAAAGGAUGGUUUUUGAUUGCUAGAACUAAAUUUUCCAAACAUUUACCGGAACAAAUAUUAUCACCAGUUGUGUUAACGGGUGCAAAAGUGAAACAUGAAUUUAGUUAUACUUUAAAGAAAACCGGGAAAUUUGAACGGGAUGAAAAGAUAAUCACUGGUAUUCCUGUCAAAGUUGAAGAACUCAAAUGUCCAAAAUUAAUCGUUAAUUCCCAUGAAACAAUUAUUGAAGUUGAUGAAUCUUUCAUUCCAGGUUCUAUAUCUGUCUUUUCCACCGAAAUCCCAGGAGUAGAUGUCUCAUUAGAUAAUUUUGUCAAAGAAGGUGCCAUUGAAGCUUCUGUUGGAUUGGAUUUAUACGACUUGAAUGCAUUAUUAUACAAAUCAUCCCCGGAAGAAUUGGAUGCCAGUGCAGGUAAAGAAAACGUAUACACCCUUCCAGGAUAUGGACCAUUAGUCUAUGCUGGUUUGGAAGGUUGGAAUGCGGCGUUGAAACAUGUGAUUUGGUCAAAUAAUCUCGGUGAUCCAAUUUGUGAUCAUUUAAGACAAGGUGAAUGGGCAUUAGAUUAUAUUGUCAAUCGAUUAGAUAAAUAUGUUGCCAAAUCGAAAAACUUGGGGAGAUUUCAAGAUUGGUUACGGUCGAGAUUUAAUGCUGCCAAGAAGGCUCCAUAUUUUUUAAGACCACAUUAUUUUGCCCUUAUUGUGGGUAUUGCUUAUGAAGCUGCUAGAUUUAGAGCGAUUAGAGGUUUGGGGAUCAAGAUCCAACAAGCUACCAAUUUUGUCCAACGUCUUGGAUUGACCAGUAUUCAAAUGGUUGGAUAUAUGAAUAAUACGUCCUUAAAGCCAACUGAACAAGUUGCUUGUAUGGCCGCUGGUUUACCUCAUUUCAGUAGUGAUUAUAUGAGAUGUUGGGGAAGAGAUGUGUUUAUUGCAUUUAGAGGAUUAUUAUUAGUUCCGGAAAGAUAUGAAGAUGCUAAACAACAUAUCCUUGCCUUUGGUCAAACUUUAAAACAUGGAUUAAUGCCAAAUUUGUUAGAUGCUGGUAGAAAUCCAAGAUAUAAUGCAAGAGAUGCUGCUUGGUUUUAUUUACAAGCGAUUCAAGAAUAUGUGAAGUAUGUUCCUAAUGGUGUUGAUAUCUUGGAUGAAAAAGUCAAAAGAAGAUUCCCAUUAGAUGAUACUUAUGUUGAAUAUACUGAUCCAAGAGCUUUCAGUUAUGAAUCUUCAAUUAGAGAAAUCAUUUUUGAAAUCUUACAAAGACAUGCUGCUGGGAUUAAAUAUCGUGAAGCCAAUGCUGGCCCUAAUUUAGAUUCACAAAUGAAAGAUGAAGGAUUUAAUGUUGAGGUUCAUAUUGAUUGGGAAACUGGUUUGGUUCAUGGUGGAUCUCAAUUUAAUUGUGGAACUUGGAUGGAUAAGAUGGGAGAAAGUGAAAAAGCCAAGAAUAAGGGUGUACCUGGUACUCCACGUGAUGGAGCUGCUAUUGAAUUACAAGGAUUGAUGAAGAGUGCUUUAAGAUUUGUUAAUAAAUUACAUAAGCAAGGUAAGUUUGAAUAUAAAGAAGUUAAAAGAAGUGAUGGAUCAACCAUUUCACUUAAAGAUUGGGAACAAUUGAUUCAAGAAAAUUUUGAAAAGUGUUUCUAUAUUCCAGCUGAUCCUAAAGAUGAUAGCAAAUAUAAUGUUGAUCCUUCUUUGAUUCAUAGAAGAGGUAUUUAUAAAGAUUUAUACAAAUCCGGAAAACCUUAUGAAGAUUAUCAAUUAAGACCAAACUUUUCGAUUGCUAUGUGUGCUGCUCCAGAAUUAUUUAGUCCUGAGAAAGCGUUGGGUGCAUUAAGACUUGCUGAUAAAGUAAUUCGUGGUCCUGUUGGUAUGAGAACUUUAGAUCCUGAUGAUUGGAACUAUCAUCCAUAUUAUAACAAUAGUGAAGAUAGUGAUAAUUUUGCAACUUCCAAAGGAAGAAAUUAUCAUCAAGGACCUGAAUGGGUUUGGAAUCUUGGAUAUUUCUUACGAGCAUUCUUAUUGUUUCAUUAUAUUGGGGAUUCACUUUCUCAUACUAAAUCUGGUGAUCCUUCAGAUAAGAUAUUAACUGAAUUGAAAGAAAGAUUACAGGGUAAUAUCAAAUGGAUCAAAGCAACUCCAUGGGCUGGUUUAACUGAGUUGUCUAAUAAAGAUGGGGCAAUUUGUCAUGAUUCCAGUCCAACCCAAGCAUGGAGUAGUUCAUGUUUGUUGGAUUUAUAUUAUGAUUUAUGGAAUGAUGAACAUUACCAUAAACAUUAG